AAUAGAUAAAAGUUAUAUUUGUGUCAGAGCUAUACAAAACAAAAUUGAUUGCAAUUGCCGCAGAAGCUCCAAAUUUGAGCUUAACCUAGAAUCACUUUUAAAUGGCAGAAUUGCUUUUAGAAAAGGCAACCAAACAUAAUGCAAAAUGCUAGAAUCAAGGUGAAGGCUUGCAAACGUGAGUCCAUCGGUUCAAAACGCAAUACCAAACACCCAAAUUCGCUUAUUCCAUAACUCACUUUCAACUUUCAACCUAAGUCUCCGUAUUCAUUCAACUCAGUUUAACUGAAAUCUUUUGGGAGUGAAAUUAAUUUUUUCAGGCACAAAGUUUUACUGUUAGGUCAUUCGUAGGACGAACCUUGGACGCAGCUUAUCACUGCACCAAAGCUUUUGAAGGCUGUUUUCAGUUUCCUGCAAAGUGCAAGUUUACCGAAUUCCAUGGAUGAUGAAGACCUGGCUACAGUGCACAAAGUGCCAUCUGCUCUCAUAAAAGCGAUAAAGUUUGAGGUUUUAACUGGAGAAGAUAUAGAGAAGAUCUCAGCCUUGGAGAUAAAUGCACCCGGACAAGUCACCUGUUCUGAUCUGGGACUUCCAAAUUCUUCUUAUGGGUGCACGACAUGUGGUUCAAAAGAUAGAAAGUCCUGUGAAGGUCAUUUUGGAGCAAUCAAAUUUCCUUUUACCAUAUUACAUCCAUACUUCAUGGCAGAGAUUGCAGAAAUCUUGCAAAAGAUUUGCCCUGCAUGUAAAUCUAUUCGACAAGAAAUACGUGUUAAGCGUGCUAAAUCACUCCUUGGAUACAAUAAUCAGCCCAAAGGUUGCAAAUAUUGCUGUGGAAAUGGUAUGGGUCGUUAUCCUGCCAUGAAAUUCAGAGUUUCAUCCAAUGAUUUCUUCAGGAGAACUGCAAUCAUUGUUGAAGUAAAUGAUAUAUCUUUAAAUAAGAAAAGAAAUUUGGGGCGAGGAUUGCCCGCUGAUUAUUGGGACUUUAUCCUUGGAGAUGUUCAACAAGAAGAAAAUCAUGUAAAUAGAAAGGUUUUAUCACCCGUUCAGGUUGAGAAUUUAUUGAGUGGUGUUGAUCCGAACUUCAUUGAAAAGUUUAUUCCAAGUAUGGAUUUGGUUGGUCUCAGUUGCUUCCUGGUGGCACCGAAUUGUCAUCGUGUGACAGAAGUCCCUCAUCGACUUUCGGGGGGGUAUCCAUUGAGUUUCGAUAAUAGAACCAGGGCUUGCAAGAAAUUGGUUGAUUUCAGGGGUACAGCAAAUGAGUUAAGUUCUCGUGUUUUGGAUUGCCUGAGAUUUUCCAAGAUAAAUCCCGACAGAACGCCAGUUAAUAUUUUUACUGAGUUGCAACAAAGAAAAGUUGGAGAAAAUGCUUGCAAUUCGUCUGGUUUAAGAUGGAUGAAAGACGUCGUUCUUGGAAAACGGAACGACUGUACGUUCCGUACCGUGGUUGUUGGUGAUCCAGACCUCGAGCUUAGUGAAAUUGGUAUACCCUGUCAAAUUGCAGAAGCUUUGCAGGUUUCUGAGUAUGUCAAUCGGCAGAACAGGCAAAAUUUGCUUUAUUGUUGUGAGCUGCGUUUGUUAGAGAAGGGGCAGAUAAAUGUUCGCAGAAACGGUAAUCCAGUAGUUUUGUAUAAAAAAGAAGAUUUGCAGAUAGGAGACAUAUUUUAUCGGCCUCUUGUUGAUGGGGACAAAGUGUUGAUAAAUAGGCCUCCUUCCAUACAUCAACACUCGAUGAUUGCUCUCACAGUUAGGGUUCUUCCAAUAUCUUCUGUAGUAUCUAUUAACCCAAUCUGCUGCUCACCUCUGCGCGGGGAUUUUGAUGGUGACUGCCUUCACGGGUAUAUUCCACAAUCUGUUGGUGCAAGAGUGGAGCUUAAUGAGCUGGUUGCUUUGGACAGGCAACUGAUUAAUGGGCAAAGUGGUGGAAAUUUGCUUUCACUUUCCCAGGAUAGUUUAACUGCUGCACAUUUGCUGUUGGAAGAUGGUGUAGGUUUUAAUAUUUACCAAGUGCAGCAGCUUGAAAUGCUCUGCAAUAAAGAAUUAACAUCUCCUGCAAUUUUUAAAGCUCCUUCAAGUAAUACCCCGUUUUGGAGUGGCAAACAAUUGUUCAGCAUGCUUUUGCCUUCUAAAUUUGACUAUGCCUUUCCUUCAAAUGAUGUUUUUGUUAAAGAUGGGGAGCUGAUAUCUUGUUCUGAAUCUUCUGGGUGGUUACGUGAUUCAGAGAACAAUGUUUUCCAGAGUCUUGUGGAACAUUUUCAAGGGAAGAUAUUGGACGUAUUGCAUGGUGCACAGAAAGCUCUUUGUGAGUGGCUGUCUAUGACAGGGUUUAGUGUUUCCCUCUCAGAUCUGUACCUUUCUUCUGAUUCCUAUGCGCGGAAAAACAUGAUGGAGGAAAUCUCCUAUGGCUUACGAGUAGCAGAACAGGCUUGUGAUUUCAACCAGUUAUUGGUAGAUCAUUACUCUGAUUUUCUUUCAGCAAGUCCAGAAGAGAAUGAAAAAUUUGUGACUGUUGAUGUGGAUCGUCUGAAUCAUGAAAGGCAAAUAUCUGCUGCUCAAAGUCAAGCGUCGGUUGAUGCUUUUAGACAUGUUUUCCGCAAUAUUCAGAGUUUAGCUGAUAAGCAUGCGUGCAAGGACAAUUCUUUCCUUGCUAUGUUUAAGGCUGGAAGCAAGGGUAAUUUACUGAAAUUAGUGCAACAUUCCAUGUGCCUUGGACUGCAACAUUCUCUGGUUCGCUUGUCAUACAGAAUUCCCCGUGAACUUUCAUGUGCUGGUUGGAACAGUCAAAAGGGACUUCAUUCAAUGGAGAUGUCUUCAGAUACUCUUGAACCAAAACAGUCUUACAUUGCUCAUGCCGUGGUUGAAAGCUCUUUUCUUACUGGGUUGAAUCCACUCGAAUGUUUUGUUCAUUCAGUGACAAACCGUGAUAGCUCUUUCAGUGACAACGCAGACCUUCCCGGGACAUUGACCCGUAGACUUAUGUUCUUCAUGCGUGAUAUGUAUGAUGCGUAUGAUGGAACAGUGAGAAACUUAUAUGGCAAUCAACUUAUACAGUUUUCUUAUGAUGCUGAAGAGGAUUCAUCUUGUGAUAGCUAUUUUCGAGAGGAUAUUAUAGGUGGCGAGCCAGUUGGAGCGCUUUCUGCCUGUGCGGUUUCUGAGGCUGCAUACAGUGCUUUGAGUCAACCUAUUAGUCUACUUGAAGCAUCACCGUUGCUGAACUUAAAAAAUGUUCUAGAGUGUGGUUCAAGGAAAAAAGGUGGUGAUCAGACCGUGUCUUUAUUUUUGUCUGAGAAAAUUGGUAAACAAAGAAAUGGGUUUGAGUAUGCAGCACUAGAAGUUAAGAAUUAUUUGGAAAGAUAUAUGUUCUCAAACAUUGUUUCUACUGUCAUGAUAAUAUUCACCCCACAGCAUUGCAGUCAAGUCAAAUACAGUCCUUGGGUUUGCCAUUUUCAUUUAGACAAGGAAAAUGUAACAAGAAGAAAAUUAGAAGUGCAUUCUAUCAUUGACUCUCUUUACCAACAAUAUGACUCCUUCAGAAGAGAGUCAAAAGUCAUUCUUCCCAGUUUGAAAAUAUCAAGCAACAGGAAAUGGUGCGUAGAUUACAAGGCUAAUGAAGGUGGAGAAACCUCUGUUGGUAAUGAAAAAGACGGUGAAGAUUGCAUCACUGUUGCAGUUGUCGAAGACUCUAAGAAUUCUGUACAACUGGACUCUGUUCGGAAGAGUCUGAUACCUUUCCUUCUGCAAACAGCUAUAAAAGGAUUUUUGGAGAUCAAGAAGGUUGACAUUCUCUGGAAGGAUCUGCCAAAAGUAACGAAAUCUUAUAAUGGUUCUGCUGGUGAACUAUACUUGAGGGUUACUAUGUCCAGUGGCAAUGACAAUGGUACAUUCUGGGGUAGGCUGAUAAAUCACUGCCACAGAAUAAUGCCGUUGAUUGACUGGACACGAAGUCAUCCCGAUAAUAUUCAUCAUUUCUGCUCAGCCUUUGGAAUCGAUGCAGGGUGGCAGCAUUAUUUCCAUAAUUUGUCAUCUGCAACUUCUGAUACUGGCAAGUCAAUCCUUCCUAAGCAUCUGCGUCUUGUUGCCAAUAGUCUUUCAGCUAGUGGAGAGUUUGUGGGAUUAAAUGCUAAAGGAAUGGCACGGCAAAGAAAACAUGCAUCCGUUUCAUCACCCUUCGUGCAAGCAUGCUUUUCUAAUCCUGGUAGUUCCUUUUUAAAAGCUGCGAAGUCUGGAAUUGUGGAUAAUCUCCAGGGCAAUCUAGAUGCAUUGGCUUGGGGAAACUGUCUGCCCAUGGGGACAGGUGGACAGUUUGAUAUCAUAUACUCAGAGAAGGUAGAGGAGAUUAAUAAGUCUGUAGAUGUGUAUGGCCUGCUAGAAACCAGUUUUAACCAGAUGGACCAAGAGAUUAAUAUCCCUCAAUCUCGCAAAUAUUCAUCUGGAAAAUGCAGUUCAGAUUUUAGGUCUAAAAAUGGGGGUUACACCCCAAAAGAGCCUAAGCAGUGGAAAAGUGUUUUAAGAAAUUUCAUGACUGCAAAUGAUAUUCAGAGGCUUACUUUUGAUGCAAGGGUCAUACUGAACAAGUAUCAGAUUGAUGAGACACUAAGUGAGACGGACAAGUUAACAAUAAUGAAGGUUUUGCAUUUUCAUCCUCGUAGAGACGAGAAGUUUGGCUCUGGACCACAAAACAUAAAGGUUGGAUGGCAUCCUGAGUUUACAGACAGCCGUUGCUUUUUUAUAAUACGAAAGGAUGGGUCUGUUGAAGAUUUUUCAUACCGCAAAUGCAUUCUUGGUGCUCUUGAUAUUAUUGAUCCGAAAAAGUCAAAGAUCCAAAGGAACAGAUGGUCGGGAAAUGGUGAUAUGGAAGCUAAAAAAUGGUCGGGAAAUGGUGAUAUGGAAGCUAAAAAAUGGUCGGGAAGUUAUGACAAGGAAGCUAAAAAAUGGUCACAAAGUUAUGACAAGGAAGCUAAGAAAUGGUCAGGAAAUGAUGAUGUGGAAGUGACUAGCAUCUGAUACGACGAAGUCACAAACUAUUAUGAGGUCAUCUUUUCUCUGAAUAAGUCACUGUAACAUACAGGUGGAAGGGUAAUUGAUUAGUAGUGCCACAACUCUAGAGUUACAAAAUACGACGUUGUUUUUCUACCAUUGAUUUUUAAAGGUUGUCCCAAAUCAAUGGUAGAGAGGCACUGUUGUCAUUUGUGCGUUUGGAGUUAUGUAAUUGGCAUUACUCCUGCCAGGAGGUGCAUAACCUGGACUCUUACUCUGUUGUGUAUUAUCUAGUUAGAAUUAGUAGUAGCCAACUGAAAUGUAGCUUGAUGAAUUUAGCUCCUCUGAUAGUGCCAGUGCAGCGAAUCAAGAUGAAAAUUGUGCAGCAGGACCUAUUGAAACAAAGGAUGUGAGGCAUUGAAGGGAGUAUACAAGUUGAAGGGAAUGACUGUACUUUUUUUGCUUUGUUGUAACAAUUAACUUUCCUUUUUUAUCAUAAAGAUGGAAUGGGCGCUAAAUCUUGAGAGCUUCUUUUUGCUACUUUCACUAAUAUUUUUUUGCCUCUGAUUACGUGAGGCAAAGAAAGAACUAGUGGAAGUAGCAACGGGAAGCUUGCAAACUGCAAAGAUUUACCCCCCAGACCAAAUGUAUUUAUGAAAUAUGGUAGUUAAACUUAAAUGUAAUAAUUGUGUAUCCUGCCCAGUUCAAGCACCAUAAUUGUCUCCUAUAUACACAAAUUGAAUUUACAUUCUGCACAUUCUUAUGGUUUAUUAAUUUUGCUUGAAUAUACAUCA